AUGCGGUGGCCGUCCCUAAACUUUAUUACUUUACAUUAUGCCUACAUCUUUGUUAUGGGACUGUUGUCCAUACCAUUCCUGUACUUGUACGGGAACAUAUCUGCCAUCGAUGCCUACUUUAUGGGUUCAAGUGCAUCGACUGAGUCUGGGCUCAACGUUGCCAAUCUGAAUGAGCUGAAGCUAUAUCAACAAUUAUACCUGUACUUUGCGACUGUAUUCACGCAGAUGGGUUUUGUGAACAUCUUGGUGGUCGUUGUGCGGCUCUACUGGUUCAACAAACACCUUAACAGCUUUGGCCCUGCUCUCCUUCAUGCCCGUAGAAGAGGAGGCACAGACUCUCAGGAGGACUCUCGCUUGGAAUACGGAGAACCCAAGGCAUCUCCACCAGACACAUCUGGGGUAGCAGAAACCAGAGCCUCUGGCAAAGUAUGUGAAAAAGAUGGUGUUCAACUGGCUGCCGACAACAACGGUGCUAUCAGGGGGCCCUGUCAGGACUUGGAGAGUGAGGCCAGAGUAUCUUACUCUUCGUUUGUGGAAGAGGCGAUCGAUGCAAGUGCACCGCACAUCUCUUUCGACUCGUCAGCGGACAAACUCAGGCAUCCCAGAAGCGAUUCCGUAUUAUACGUCCCUGGUCCACGAGACAGAGAUCUCGAAAUCACAAGGUAUGGAGAAGACGACAACGGGCAAUAUCGCCUUCAGACCCUGGGCCCCCUUCGCGAAUCAAGAUCUAUAGACCGGGCCGCCGCUCUCGCAUCGUCCCUGUUUGUUAUUGGCAGCGAGCCGCCGCCUUCUUCAAUCUCCAGAGAGCUCACCAGGCGUCGUCGAGCAUCCGACGACAUGCCAUACUUGUCCACUGGCGCAAGCAUUGGACGGAACUCGCGAUUUUAUAACUUGACCAGGCAAGAUCGCAACGAGCUGGGGGGUAUCGAGUACAGGAGUCUUAAACUUUUGCUCAAGGUAGUUGUCGCCUAUUACUUCGGCGUCCAUCUAAUUGGAGCCAUCGGCCUGGUGGGCUGGAUUCUGCAUGCCGACUCCAAGUAUGCCGCGCACCUUGACGAAUUCGCCCAGGACAAAAUAUGGUGGGCCUUUUACACGUCUCAAACUGCCAUUUGCAAUCUCGGAUUCACCCUCACGCCCGAUUCAAUGGUCUUUUUUCAAGACUCACCAUGGGUAAUGUUCUGGCUCAGUCUUCUCACGUUUGCCGGCAACACGCUGUACCCGGUCUUCCUACGAUCCAUCUUAUGGACCAUGUCCAAAAUUACGCCUCGAGGCUCCUCGAUCCAGGAACCUCUUCAGUUCUUGCUCACUCACCCUCGCCGUUGCUACGCGCUCCUGUUUCCCGGUGGAACCACAUGGGCGUUGUUCGGCAUCAUUAUCGGCCUCAACUUCCUCGGCACUCUUAUCCUCCUCGUGCUGGAUCUGCAUAACCCGGAAUUCACACACUUGACGCCGGCCCAGCGAGUGGCAGCGGCCUUCUUCCAAUCCGCCGCGGCGCGACACACCGGCGCAGCUUCAUUUACUCUGUCGAAUCUAAGUCCCGGUGCGCAAUUCACUCUCCUGGUCAUGAUGUAUAUUUCCGCAUUCCCCAUCGCCAUGAGCAUUCGCUCCUCCAACAUAUACGAAGAGAAGUCGCUUGGGUAUUAUGCGCAGGACCCGACGUACAACGAAGACAGAGGGGCGUCGUAUUUAUUCCAACAUAUGCAGAAGCAGCUGGGUUUUGAUCUGUGGUACAUCUUUUUGGGGUUGUUUUGCUUGAGUGUUUCCGAGGCGACUAAACUUGCAGAUCCCAAUCAGCCGUUUACUGAGGCUGAUUUGUUCCCCAGCGGCGGUGUUGGCUUAACCUUAGGCUACCCAGACAUUACUUCGGCCUUGUCGACAAAGUUUACUACGUUUGGAAAGGUCGUCAUGUGUGCUAUGAUGCUUCGUGGCCGACAUCGGGGGAUGCCGUAUGGUUUGGACAGGGCCAUCAUGCUUCCUGACGAGCGGCUUGUGGAGCGUUCCGCGUAA